UUAUAAUAGAUCCUUAAAUGAGUAGUCAAUUUAUAUUGCAUAAAAAUUGUGUACUUUGUACCAUAGUAGAAAUAUUAAGUGUGCGUAUGUUCAUAUAUAAAUAGUAGUAGUUAAUUGGCAGUGUUACAAUAAAGAUUACAAUAAUGUUGAGAAAUUUGACGAGGCAAUUUCAGCACGUUAGCAAAUUAAGCUAUAGCGUAGAAGCGAAGCAGCAGGAAUUAAGGUUAUAUGACGAAAUCAAGAUUCCCGUCCCAUGGGGCGAAAUCGCUGGAAAAUGGUGGGGCCCAAAGGACGUGAGACCAAUCCUUACCCUACACGGAUGGCAGGAUAACUGCGGUAGCUUCGAUUUAUUGAUUCCUUUCCUGCCCAAGCAUUUGAGCUACCUGACGGUAGACUUUCCCGGGCACGGUUUAUCAUCGAAGAUUCCUAAUGGUUCCUUCUACCAUGGAAUGGAUGGGCCCAUCAUGAUAAAGCGUUUGAAGGACUUCUUUGGAUGGAAUAAGAUAAGCCUGAUGGGCCAUUCUUUAGGAGCCAUAACUUCCUAUACAUAUGGUUUCCUUUAUCCACAAACUGUGGACUUCAUGAUUUGCAUCGACGGUUUGCAGCCGCUGAUUAAUCCAAAGCCCAUUGAUUCGAUAAUCAAAAGCAUCGAUGAUUUCGUGAAGUUUGAACACCAGAACAGCGGCGACACUGACCCGCCUGCAUAUACUCUGGAAGAAAUGGCGAAAAGGUUGAAUGCGGGAACGAGAGGUUCCAUUGACAUUGAUAAAUGCAAAUACAUCCUGGAGAGGAAUAUUUUACCAUCGAAGAAUUGUCCUGGGAAAUACUUCUUCAAUCGUGAUUCCCGAUUGAAGUGCGGUUCGCUGAUAAACUGGCCUCAGAAGGAUUUGUUGGAGGCCGCUAAGCGUGUUAGUUUUCCCAUUUUCAUAAGCAAGGCCGCGGAGAGUCCGUUCUUUUCGAACAAAGAUUACUACGAGACAUUAUUUAAAAUUUUGGAAGAAAAUAACAAACGUUGCGAAUUCCAUGAUGUGCCGGGCACUCAUCACGCCCAUUUGAAUACUCCCGAAAUAUUCAAAGAUAUUUUACCGAAAUUUAUAGAGAAAUACGACACCGAGGAUAGAACAAUGAAAACUAAUUUAAAAAAUAAAUUUUAAAUUAAUUUUCUUUAAAUUUAAUGAAAUAUA